CUCUCUCUCUCUCUCUUUCUGUGUCUCUAUAACCCUCCCUUUUCCUCGCAUCAUAUUGGGCGUCGCCUUGUGGACUAUAAAUUCUAGAAUAAACUUCCAGUGAGCCCCUGCAGUCUUCACGGUAUCUCCAAUUACAGUUUCUGCCUCUUUGAGUCCCGCACCCACUUCUGCAGCCAUGACUGAAUUAGAGAAUUGCAUGGAGAGCCUGAUUACAAUCUUCCACCGCUAUGCCGAUGAAGAUGGUGAUGGGAGUACCUUAAGUAAGAAGGAACUGAAAAAACUGAUGGAGAAUGAGUUGCCUACCUUCCUGAAAUGCCAGAAGAACCCCAAAACUGUGGACAACAUCUUGAAAGAUUUGGACCAGAACAAAGAUGAUAAGUUGAGCUUUGAAGAGUUUCUUCCUCUCAUCGUCGGCCUCUCGAUGGCCUGUGAGAAGUGUUACGUGCUUCAUCAAAAGAAGAAGAGCAAGAAGUGAUGGGCUGAUGAUGAUAAGGAAGAAUAAUGCUGUUAAGUUUUCUUUUUUUUAGAGUAAGAUAAUUUGUGUCUCAAAUGUGUACCAGAUUCACAAGUAAAAACGACCUUUGACAAGUUUCACCUUCUGUUUGUCCAGUUACUUUUUAAGUAUGUUGGGUACAAAAUAAAAAUGUUCCUCCUAAUUCAUAA